AUGUCGUUCGACGCUGAUAUGUCUAUAAUUAGUGAGCUGAGAUGGUUGCAAGACGACGAACUUUUCGCUCUGUCUCUACAAAACGAGAUCGAGGCGGCGGAGGCUUGCAAAUGGCUGAGAGCCGCGGGUUUCCCUCAAUACGCACAGAUGUACGAAGAUCUGCAGUUCCCAAUCGACGUGUCAGGCGUUCAGAACGACCACCCGUUCCUCGAUGCCGACUCGCUUCAGUCGCUCUUCCGACGGCUGACGGCGCUCAACCGCUGCGCCAACAUGAAGCUGGAACACCAUCACCAGAAGAGAUCGAACGACUCAGAUGAUGAGCAGUGUGCGCUGAGCGACAAGUGGCAGUAUGAGCGCAAGUCGCGGCGAUGGUCGCGCGUCGUCGAAAUAACACCGCAGGCGCAACGAAGAUUACAGGUGAUAGCAGCUAGAGCAAUAGCGGAAAGGGAGGCGAGAGAAGCGCGAGGAGAACUUGAAGACGACGAGGAUGAAACUCUUCCCACCAUUAGGGUGGGGCUGGUGGAUUCAGAUGGCCACUACACUGAUGUUGAACCAGACUUGUUAACGAUUCCCGGCCAACCUAUGAUCCAGUUACCAAGCGACAAAGAAGAUGAGGAAGACACAGGCACUCGCUUCAGGCGAACCGGUUCCGAAAGACUGCGAGACGGUGCCAAAGCCCUUCUCCGAAGAGUGGAAUCCCUCAAAACUAGAAGAAGAAAACGACAAAACCGUACAGAAGUCAUAGUUUCCUCACCGCAUUUCUUAGACGUCCAAACAGAUAAAUAUCCAGAUUUGAAUUAUAUAGAUAUGACUCCCACCACACCGACAGCCUUCCCGUUUCCAGAUUUUAACAAUUCUCCCGCUCACGCGCCCGCCAUCAGAACACAGCCUCCAUCUCCAAUGACAAUAAUGCCACCAUCACCUAUUGCUCCUAUAGCCUCUAUAGAACAAUCCUUCAUCUUAAAUGCUCCGUUCGGUGACGACUCAAGUUAUGCAUCUGACGGCAGUAUGGGGUCGAGUAACAAAAGCUCAAAAUCUAAAUUAGGACGCGCGAAGAGGAUCUUUCAUAGAGGAGUCAAAAAUGACGAUAGCGCGUUAAGUGACUCGGAAUGCCAACCUGCUAGUUGGAGACAUAAUUAUUAUAGGGAUCAUAAUACUCAUCAUAAUACAGAAGUAUACGUAGGACCUCCUUCACCAGUGGAACUAAAACCAGAUCCCGAAAUCUUGAGAGAGGUUCAAAAGUCGCCCGGUCACACGGCGCACCGACGUCAAGCCAUAAGAACAAGCUCUCUAAACCUCGGGAAGGACGGCCAAAAAUUGCGAGAUAGAAGCCUGAAAAGAGACAAGUCUGCAUCGAGGAGCUCCGAAUUAGAGGGGAGUCCUCACUCGGCUGGCUCCCGAUCCCAUGACGGAGACCAAGAUGAUGACGACGACAGUCUGGAUAUGAAAACUAAGAAAAACAACAUCCAAAGGUGGUACUCGUUCAGAACGAGCGCUCUCAAUGGUGGACCUAAAGCAAACAACACUCUUCAACCUACAGCACCUAACCAGAAGGAUCCUGAGGCAUACACGUCGCGCGCGAUGUCGUCGCUGUCGUGCGGGCAGCUGCACGUGCUGCGCAAGCUGGCGCUGCUGCGGCUGACGGCGUGCAUGGAGCGGUACUGCCCCUCACACAAGUCCGGAUGGAACUGGGAGCUGCCCAAGCUCAUACGCAAGAUCAAGACGCCCGACUACAAAGACAAAACUGUGUUCGGAGUUCCACUGACGGUGUCACUUCAGAGAACUGGACAUUCAUUACCAAAGCCAAUUCAGAGUGCUCUAAGUUGGUUGAAGAACAACGCUCUGGAUCAGAUGGGCAUAUUCAGGAAGGCGGGCGUGAAAUCCCGCAUCGCUAAACUGCGCAGCCUCGUGGAAGCGGCCGGGGAGGCCGCCGGCGCCGGAGUGGCCGCCACCGGAACCGGCGCCACGGACGAGUGGCUGGAGGGAGCUCAGGCGCAUGACGUGGCGGACUUAGUGAAGCAAUACUUUAGAGAACUACCCGACGCGCUGCUCACCAACAAGCUCAGCGAGACCUUCAUCGCUAUAUUCCAACAUGUCCCUGAACCGCUGAGGCCAGAUGCAGUUCAAUGCGCACUACUGUUGUUACCUGAAGAACACCUAGAAGCUUUACAUUCGCUUCUCAUCUUUCUGGCUGAUGUGGCAGAACACUCUGAGGUAAAUCAAAUGACGGCAUCUAAUUUAGCGGUGUGCCUCGCGCCCACGCUGCUGCGCCUCCACCACGCGCCGCCGCCGCACGGCAGCACCAAGGAGGGGCAUUCCAACAGGAUGGUGAUAGAGAGCGUUGCGGACCAACGGCAGAUAAGCGAGAGCCGCGCCGCCCACGCGUGCCUGCUGCUGCUCGUGACGCGGCACCGCGCGCUGUUCCUGGCGCCCGCCGACAUGCUGGCCCGCUGCAAGUUCAACUACUUCGAGGAGAGCGUGCCGGUGGCGUUAGAAGAAUUAGGGGCAGACUUCAACCAAGAUUGGAAAGGAUUCCAACAAGCCUGCAUAAAAGCUCUGCUGAAAGAAGCCAAAGAAAAAUCGCGAGGUUGGGUGUCAGUGGGCGCGGGUGCGGCCCACGUGGAGGUGUGCUGCAAGAAGGUGGGCGACGGACACCCGCUGCGGCUGUGGCGCGUCACCACCGACGUGGAGGCGCCGCCCAUGGAGCUGGUGCACAGGAUCCUCCGCGAGCGGCACAUCUGGGACGACUCGCUGGUCCGCAGCCGCGUGGUGGAGAAGCUCGGCACCAACGCGGAGGUGUUCCACUACGUCACCGCCGCCAGCAUCAACCUGCCCGCGCGCGAGUACUGCGUGCUCAGGUCAUGGCAGCAAGGAGGCGGCAGCGGCGGCGCGGGCGGCUGGUGCGCCGUCGCGGAGACAUCCGUCGCGCACGCCGCCUGCACCGGGGCCGGGACCGGGGCUGGGACCGGGACCGGGGCUGGGACCGGGACCGGGGCUGACGGGGCCGCGCGCGGGGUGGUGCUGGCCUCGCGGUACCUGGCGCAGCCCGCGGGCAAGGGCCGCAGCCGGCUCGUGCAUCUGGCGCGCGUGGACACCAUGGGCAGAACUCCGGAGUGGUACAACAAAUGUUACGGGCACAUAUGCGCCCUCUACCUCGCCAGGAUCCGAGCCUCGUUCAAGCACAACACCGAAGGACCAGAGUCGAACGUAUGAUCCAAGCAUUCCGCUUAAGUCUGAGCCCUUAAGGCUUGACUUAAGUCAGACUUCUUUUGACUUUAAAAUUGUAGUUGCCCAGUGUUGUUGAACGAGUCCUUGCGUUCGGUGAUACCAGUCAUCACAAAUGGUGCAGUUAAGCGGCUUUAGUUAUCAACAGACUUUAAUAGCAUCCGCAUUUUACCAGAUUUUAGACUUUCGUGUGUACUGUUUAUGUCCCGAUCUUGAUGACUAAAUGUUUACUUAUUUUUAUUAAAUAAAACUUUGGUGAUAUUAUUUUGGUAUCAGGUCUGUGGGCUAUGGUGACCGCUUACCAUCAGGUGAGCCGCUUGUUUGCCACUCUUUUAACAUAAAAGUAUCCCUUCUUUGGGAUCGUGUUUCUUAUUUUCAAGUUAACACAACUUGGUAAUGUUGUAGAAAAUAAACUUUGGUUUCACAUUCCGAUUCUAAGUACAAUACAUUUAGUAGCUUACCAUUGUAAGCAGCAGCAUAAGAAGCUAAACCGCCGGGAAUAACUUUUACUAAUCUGUGCAUUUGGGAUUUAAACAAAGUACCUAUGUGAUCUUGUCAAAUUUUUAAAUAAUUUAUUGUAGAUCAUGUAGCAGAUCUCACAGAAAGUCUGUAGUCUACAUUGGACAUAGCAACCCACAAAAGAUUUAGGCCUCAAAAGGCUUAGCAUAAGCUUUACCGGAUCAAUUCCAAUAUUAAUGUGUGACCAAAACAUGAACGUUAUUAAAACAAUCUGAUAUUAUUUAGUCUGUAAAUAUAAAGGUUAUGAAUAAAUAAAAAGAGCAUAAUAUUAACUGAACGAUACUUAUUAGGUUAAACUCACCUACCUCUAAUCUUGAAAGGUUCAUUUUGAACCUUAUCCAAUCCCAUUAGGGUCCUACCAAAAAGCCUGACUGCCUAUAUAUAUUGAGAUACUUAGUUUAUUUAAUAUUUAGCUAUAUUUACAGUACUAUUCUAUAUAUUGUACGGAAAAUGCUCAUUGAUAUAGAAACUGUUAUCAAAUUAUAUAUUAUUAUUAUUAUAGAAAAUUUAAUAAUUAUUAUACCUUAGCUUUUUGAUAAUAAAACACAUUGUGUAUACUUAAAAAGGCAAUAAAUACUUAUUAUGUGUUUAAAUAAUAAUUAUUAGGCAUAUUGAUGUUAAAAGAUGUUGUUAAGAAUAGUACUGAUAACUUAUGUAUUCUCCCCGUGGUGCAUUAAAUGUUCCGAUUCUGUUAACUUUGUAAUUGUUGUUGUUCCUAAUAACUCAUGAUAUCGGAACAAAAUCAGCUAAAAAUAUAACAAAUCCGGAACUUAUAUUAAAUACUUAAUAAAUUAUGUAAUCUCAUUGGAUACUUUAUAAUUAUGAUAAAAUAAUAAUGUCUGUUUUACCAUAUCCUUUGUAAAGUUAUCACACAUAUCACUAGUCAUAUUGUAACAUAAUAACAUUCAAUUUUAAGCACAUUAAUACCGUACCUGUCCUGUGUUCAGGAACAUAGUAUUAAAUUAUUAUCUAAAAUUAAUUGGUAUGUUUCAAUAAUAAUUAUUAAUAGUGCAAGCGUGAAGUACACACAACGUGUUAAAGAAUCUUGAUGUUUUGAAUGUGUUGAAGCGUGUUUUACUGUAAAAAGUCUGAUUGUUGUAAAUAAUAAUAAUAAUGAAUAGUAACGACCAUCACAAUUUUUUAAACUUUGUUAAUAGUUAACGUCUCAUUGGAGUGUUUCAUAAAGAAAGUAUAUAUAAAAUUUUCAAAAGAUGUAUCAACUUAAUAAUUAAAGUAGCUAUGCAAAAAUAUGUAUUUUUGAUGUCUCCAAAUUUUAUCAUUAGAUUUGAUUACAACUGAAAGUAUUUGAAUUAUAAUUAUUAACGUUAGAUAAUAUGUUUAAAGAGUUCUUGUGAAUUUAUAAAAUAAUGUAAAUAAAUCAUUAUUAAUAAUUAUAAAACAAUUAUAUAAAAUAUUGAGAAUUAUUUAUGUUUUAACAUUAUGAAACACUUCACAAUAUUGUUCCUUGCGACGGAAUAAUACAUGCCAAAUAUCACAAAUGAAAAUUUCUUUUAUUGUAAAUAAAUAUAUAAUAUUAUUAUAAAUUAGAAUUAAUGGAUUCUGUAAUCUCUUUAAGUAUAACAUUUGUUAGUUACCUUCGAAUCACAAAGUUUUGGUGCAAAAUGUGGAUAUUAGGAUUAUUUAUGAAUACAUUAUUAAUAAGACACGUUGCAAAAAUACAAUAACAUUGUCAUAAUUACUGUUCACUAGAUUGUUACCUAAAAUAGUAAAUAAUAUACUUGCAAUCGUGGCUUUCACUUACAUUAAAUUAAAAUAAUAUUAUUUACGUCUACUUCUUUUAUUCUUGAUUGAUUACCUAUUCUUUUCUUUAAACACUUAUUUAUGUAUUGUACUGUAUCGUUUACUUAUCACAUUUCCAUAGUACAAGCUAUGCUUAAGUCGUCCCAAUUAAAGUAAUUUUAUAAGCUUUUUAAGAGCUCAGCAACAUCACUUGUAACAACUGAUCAAGAAUGUAAUUUUAGUGUCGCAAUUUUGACAGACGUAAGACUGUAACUGUAUGAUUUGCAAUGGGCGCCAUCUCUAGAGACGGUGUGAUCCUGGGGGCCAUUUGCCUAACGGAAUUGCUUUGGAAAACGCUAACGCUUUCGAUUUUAUGUUGUUAUUUCUGACCGCCGAAGGUUUUCAAAUACCUCACGCUCAUUUUUUUUAAUAUUCUUAUUACCAAUGCAAAAGAGAAAAAAAGAGCGCGAGGCAUUUGAAAAGCUCAGGCGGCUAAAAAUAACAAAAUUAAAUCGUAAGCGUUAGCGUUUCCCAAAGCAUUUCCGUUAGGCGAUUGGCCCCCUGGUUUCUGUUGCUUAAAGCCGUACAAAGUAUUCGCAUUUAUUUAAUUACCUAUUUAUUUAAUACAAAUAUUCGUUACAUUUGGUAAUAAUAUUUGUUUUUUACUUAUUGUUUUUGAGGUGCUGUUCGUUGAAGUGCAAUUUCUUAGAAAUAAAGUCUUUUUUUUUUAAUUAUAACUUGGUGUCAAUUUUUCUGAUUUCCACAGCAUAAAAUACUCCUGUAGGAAGUUAUAUGUUUAUAUAGAAAUAUUAAAACAUUGCUUUUAUGUUUCAAUAUGUUCUUUUAAAAUAUUAUUUCCUUCAAAUAUAUAAAAGGAAAUAAUAAACAUGUAGUUUUUAAAGAACUCUUCGUAAUAUGUAUUAUAUUCCAUUUAUUAAUUAAGAAUAUAUAAACAAACGUAACAGUAAAAACCCGAUUUAAACUAAAUGUAUUUAUGUAAAUGAAUCUAAGUAAGUUAAGCCACGAUUGAAUAUUACACACAUAUUGCAGGCCAGUUUUUGAAAUCUUAUAAAAUAAUAAUUAUUAUAUUAUUCAAAAUGUUAAUGAAUUUUAUGGCAUUUGUGCCGCACACAUAGAUAAAUUUUGAAUGCACAAUACGUUGGGUAUCCGCGUGGGUUACGGAUACACACGUAGAAUUAAAAAGGUAAUAAUAAUUUCAAUAUUAUUUUGCAAUCAAAAUUGAAAUUGUGGUAUAAAGUUAUAGUAUGUCAGAGUCACUAAUUUGUUACUCCUCGACCAACACGAAAUUUUGACCUCAUAAGGAUGUGGCUAUGAAAGCAAGAUUUAUGAAAUCAAAAAAUAAAUGAUAUCAAAUCAAAAAAUAUUUAAAAAGUUGGCAUUUCUCUUAUAAGUAUUAUACGUGUAUUUACGAAUGCCCAAACAUGAACUUUCAUAGAUCCGUGAUCGUGUCACCAUCGUCAAAUUAAGAAUGGAAGAGGCCAGGGGUUCAAUUGCUUAACGGGAUUGCUAUGGCUAUCGGUAUCGCUUUCGAAUUCAUUUUCGUAUUUCUGACCGCUGAAGGUUUUGAAAUGUUUUGAAAGUUUUAUUUUUCUUUUGCAUUGGUACUAACAAUAUUAAAGAAAAUGAGCAUAAGAUAUUUGAAAGCCUUCGGGGGUCAGAAAUAAUAAUUUUAUAAAUUGUAAGCGAUAGCCAUAGCCAUCCCGUUAUGCAAUUGACUCCCAGUUCGUUCUUACGACCGCUAGGAGCGCUGCUUAGUUUACAUAGAAACUUUGACGAUGCGAUACGAUUACGCAGCUAUCAAAUUUCAUGCUUGGAGUACUGGUAAUAAACUACUCAUUGAAUGCUUUAUUUGUUUGAAAGAAUACAGGGUAUUACAUAAAUACAAAUAAAGCUUGAAGGGCGUUAAGUACAUCAUAUGAGGAGUCUUCUCUAAUUUUCUUAAAAUAUUUGUAUGAAGUUUUAACUUUUUAUAAAAACAGUUAUUUUUAAUGAUCCUCGAACUAGUGACGUGGCUUAUAAUUAUCGAUAUUUUUAUUAAUCAUUAAAAAUAACUGUUUUUAUAAAAAGUUAAAACUUCAUGCAAAUAUUUUAAGAAAAUUAGAGAAGAUUCCUUAUAUGAUGUACUAUAGAACUUACAUAAUACAACUCUUGAGGCGGCCAAUGUUUUUUCUGCCGCUUGGACCAUUUUUUAGCUGUCACUGCAGGCAGACUGAGCUCAGCUCAAACUCAGCCUCAAGAGGCAAACAUUCAUUAUUGUCAUAGACACAUCUCAAUGAGCGCAUAAUUUUAUAGUUAAUUUCAUGUAGUCUGGGAACGAUAAUAAAAGUUGUCAAGCCACCGCAUACCAUGUCCUUUCUGUAAAUUUAUUGAACAGAAAUUAUUUAUUGUGCAAUUUACAAUAGACAAGUAAAUGAAAGAAUUUGCAAUAAAGUAAUUAAAAUGUAUAGGCUACAGGUGCAAAGUGCUUUAUAUUAAAGGAAUAGAGUCCAAAUACGCCGCAAUGAAAAAAUCAAAUGACAUUUUAUAAAGUAUGCGGCUUGGACGCAAGUAAAUCUUUCUGUAAAAAUAAUUACCAAAUCGGUACUCUAAUAUUUAUUAUUUGUUUAUCAAAAUUGAAGCUCGAUGGCGCAGGUGGUAAGUGCGUUGGGCUACGAUCGUUAAAGUUAAGCAACAUUCUCAGUGAUCUGUCAUUGGAUGGGUGACCAAAAAUCUUCUAUCUCGAGUUCCUCCGUGCUUCGGAAGGCACGUUAAGCCGUUGUUUCCGGCUGCAUCUGCAGUCGUUAGCACUGGGCCCGCGUGGUGGGUCAUGGCCCAAUCUCCCUAGUCCAUCUAUAGGAAAGGCCUGUACCCAAGCAGUGAAAACAUAGGCUAAUGAUGAUCAAAAUUGGGAAUUUUUAUGGAAACUACCUAUUUAAUUACCAUAAUUGAAGUAUACUCUAAUUUAUUGUACCGAACAUCAAAGGUUUUAAAACAGUUUUAUAGUUUUGUCAUUCCAUAGCCUGUAAAUUAGAAAAACAUCACCAAAAAUAUAAAAAAGGAAUUUUACCAACUCUUCACCUACAAUAUUUAUGGUGAAAUAAUAAUUACUACAGUUCUUUUAGUGUAGGCAAGUGAAAUAUUCAAUCGUUAAUACUCCCGUGUCUGUUAUACUGUGUAAAAUAAAACUAAUGCAUUGUGAUUUAUUCUUUAUGAAAAUAUAUGGACCAUUAUAUUAAAACGAUCAA